CAAAUACCAUCCAGGCCAGCACAGCCUUCCCAAUAUAGUCCUGCAUGCCCACAGCUAAAGGGGGGCCCGGGGGCUCAGUUGGGAGUCUGUCCCAUCUAGACUGUGUUGCGUCCACUUGUUUCAAUGGAUGGCCUGAAGAAGGGGGAAGAUUCAGAGGAGGUGGAGAUUAACCUGGGGGACUCCAGCGACCCUGAGGAGUUUGAUCAUGGGGAGCAACCACAGACGCUUUGGAAAGCGCCCUCUCACCCGGAAGCAGAAGAAAGUAUUCAUUCGUCUUCUCUGGUGGAUAUCAGCGACACCAAACCUCUUCUCAAUGUUCGAGACCCUCGAGGGAUCAACGACUGCCUCAAGGUGACGUUUGAGGAUGUUAUUGCCGAGCCGGUGUCAGUGCGGAGCGGGGACCGAGUGUGGAUCUGGAGCCACGCUUUGUUUGAAGUCAGCCGAGUUUGGAUAUACAGGAUCAUCACGGUGCUUCUGGCCAUCCCAAUAUCCAUUCUGUCUGGAAUCCUCUUUGCCGUCCUCAGCUGCAUACACAUAUGGAUGAUUAUCCCGUGCAUCAAGUGCAUUCUUCUGGGAACACGCUGGCUGCAGAAGCUGUGGAGCGUUGUGCUGGAGGUCCUCGUGCGGCCCUUGUUGGGCAGCGCCGGCCGGUGCUGUGCCGGCUUUAGCCUUCACCUGGCUGAGGAAUAACACACAUAUACUCACCUUUUGCUUGCAAAGUGGGAUACGGCCACCAAGUGGACAUUAAUAUUUCAUUACAGUGUUCAACAUAAUGUGUUUACAGCCGCUUUGCUCAGAUAAGUCCAAGUGUGUGAGAUUUGUUAACAAUAACUUGCACCUGACACAUAUUUAGGCUUAUAGUCAUUCACAGUGUGUAGUUGAUGACUUUAUGUGGUACAAACCUUUCUAUUUUAUUUUGUUUUGUUUUUUAAAUUAUGUCCCGCCCAGGCUGCAUGGUGGCCGACUGGUUAGAGCGUCUGCCUCACAGUUCUGAGGACUGGGGUAUAUCAUAUGGUAUUAUAACUCAUUUGACUUGUCUUAAAAUGCACAUAGUAGCUCUGCAAUGCAAUUAUAUAUUAUAUCUACAGGUAUGCAUAUACAUUAA